AUGCUUGAAAGUGUGAAGAACUUACAUGCUCCAUCUAAUCAUGUCAUACUUCAUGUUUGUAUCACAAAUAUUGAAGGUCUAUCCAUUUCUUCUGACAUAUGGGUUUCAAAAUUUGGGGUUUUUAUGGGAUUUGAAGUUAUGGAGAUGCAAGGUGCCCUCAAGGUGCUCGAUGAAAUGCCAGACUGUGUAAAUCUUCCAAUCAUCAAGGAUGUAUUGGAGAUUGCUAAUGUAUUAAACAGCAAAUGGAAGAGGCAAGUGGAAUUAAUGUACAUAAUCACCUAUGACAUUCUUUUCAGACAGGAUUCAUCUGUAACAGGAGAUCCAGAAAAGUACCUUAUUUUGAGGAAAAGUCAACUACAGUCAGCUCUUGCAAAGAUCUUAUUAAAGAAGGGAGCAAAACAUGUUAAAAAACCUCGCUAUGUUCGUGUCAAUACUCUGAAAUUGGAUGUUGAAACUGCUGUGUCUGAAUUAAGCAAAGAUAAUAUGGUCGAGAAGGAUGACAUGAUUCCCGAUUUAUUAGUGCUUCCACCAGCUACUGAUUUGCACAAUCAUCCUUUGGUCACAAACGGCAGUGUAUUUAUGCAAGGUAAGGCAAGUUCCAUGGUGGCAGCUGCCCUUGGGCCUAAACCAGGGUGGGAAACAUUUGAUAAUGAAACUACAAGUGGUGUUAAUGAUAAAGGGAUUAAACGGAGUGCAGGUGGAGACAUUUCUCCAACAACAAGGCAUUAUAGAAGUGUGUCAAUGGAUAGUUUUAUGGGGAGGAUGAACUUUGCUGAUGAAUCACCUAAGCUUCCUCCUUCUCCUGGAGGGCAUAUUGGUCAAUUAUCCCCAAAUAAUUCAAUCAACUCAAAUUCAAAUACAAAUACGUUCAGUUUGGAGUUUGGAAAUGGUGAGUUUACAGGGGCUGAGCUCAAGAAAAUCAUGGCUAAUGAGAAACUUGCAAAGAUUGCUUUAUCUGAUCGCAAACGAGCCAAAAGGAUUUUGGCAAAUCGACAAUCUGCUGCAAGAUCAAAAGAGAGGAAAAUGCGUUACACUACAGAAUUGGAGCACAAGUUUGGUUAUGCAAAAGUAGAUCGACGAGGUCUUAUUAUGCUGACAUUUCGGCCUGCUAUUGGUGAGCGCAAAUGUGAUUCAGAAAAAGAAAUAGUGACAGAAGUUGGAUCAUUCAUAAGUUUAGGUCCAGGAGGUUCUUGUGAAUUCUUCCAUGAUCCAUUAAUACAAUCGAGUGCAGCUUUCAGUGUAUGUGUUGGCGACUCUGUUGCUGCUGAGGUUAGAAGAUCACUCAUCCGUAACAUGUGGAAUGAACGUAUGAAAGGCACAAAAAGAAAUGUUGAGGUUUGGCAAGCUCUUUUCGUAGUUAGGUCACUUGUAUUUCCUCUUACAGACGAGGAUAGUGAAACCUGGUUGAAAUUUGCUUCACUUUGCCGAAAAAGCGGUACGAUUAGUCAAGCCAAAUCCACUUUAAUUAAACUCUUACAGGAUCUAGCAAUAGAGCUUUCAAGUUCUUCUGGUCUUCAAGUAUCUACACCAACUGGCUUUGGAGGUGCUCCACAUGUAUCUCUUAUGGCACGUUUUCUUGCAGAAACUUUGGAUGUUGUUCAAGACAUUGAUUGGGUCAUUUCUCUUGGAAAUGCUUUUGCAAAGCAGUAUGAGCUUUAUACAUAUGAUGAUGAGCAUUCUGCACUACUUCACAGAAAGUUGAUAACAUGA